GGACUAAGAUGGAAUGCCUUGUUUCCAGUAAAAAGGGUCUCCGGUUCUCUACACUCACCAUACGAAACACAGCAGCAUUAAGCUGCUAUUUUACGCUGGUAUUCUGUGUCCUUCCCCGGUCGAGCCGACCCAUUCGUGCUACAAUUAAGUAUACAAUUAAGCUAUAGCUGCAGCAUAGUUCUACUACGUACAAUCUAUUUAUUAAUUUAUAUUGAAACUAAAUGUAUAUAAAUACUCGUAUUUACUAUCAAUGAAAUUAUUCUCUAAUUUUAGAUACCUACUAUUAGAAGCCUACUAUAAUUCUAAUAGUAUGCUAUUUGUUUUUAAAAAAGAGUACAUAAUGUAUAAAGUUUAGGCUUUAUUUGACGAAAUGACAUUUAAAAGAACCCCUCCCCCCCUUGCCGGAAACGCUAUCCUUUAUGUUUAAAGAGCUCGUACAAAGUCACCUUCCCAGAGCAAUUGCGACUGAUUGCCAAUCAGUACCUAAUCAGUGAUUGCCGAAACAGGGCGGAACAAAUAUUGCAUGCAUGUAGUUAGAGUGCGAUCGAUUGAGAUGGACAACCGUCUUUCACGGAAUAUAAAAUGAUCUAUCUAAUCUGUACAGUAAUCCAUAUAGCACACAAUCAGUUAUCUAAUAUUAGUAUUUAAGUAUAUCUAAUUUUGGUCCAUAUAUUUCGAAAACAGAACUAAAACUGAACCGAACUCUGCACUUUUUCUCCACUUAGAUAUUAUUAUUAUUAUUAUCCUAUUUAUUUGAAAAAUUUCAGCACAAUGAUAACAAAUUAAAGAUAUCUUUGUUUUUUUUUUUAAAUAUGGGUAACAAACGAUAGGUACUCACAGUUCACCUGAUGGUAAGUGGACAAGGGUUUCAGUUUUAAACUUGAUUUACUAUAGUAAAAUUCAAUUUUAUUUUGCGUGACUUUGUUUGGUGCGCAGCCUUAAGGUUUAAAAUUUAUUAAUUAUAGUAAAGUAAGGUCUAAAUUAUAUUUAAAUAUCACAUAAGAAACAUCAAAAUUCAAAAAAAAAAUACAUUAAGAAUUGUAUGUCACAAACUUGUAUGCUUACUUCUGUUUUCAGGUGACAUUAGUUACGAGUUUGUGCAGACCUCCACUUGCAGAGGCAGACAUCUGUUAAUGUGCCGCGGAUAUACUUUCUCCCAGCAUUCUUACUCGUGCUAUUAUUACUGCUCUAAAAAGAAUUCUGGCUGCAAAGCCCGUGUUAAGUUAGGACGCGAUGGCAAAGUGGUAUCCGCAAAUCUGAACCAUCUUCACGAUCCACCAAAGUAUUUUAAAACGCAAUCAGGACAUUAUGUAAAAUUGACGUGAAUGUAAUAAACUGAUGUAGUAAUAAAUAAAUAUAAAUAAAUGGCAUUUUUAUAUAUUUAUAAUUCUGUUUUAAGCUAAUUAAUCGUACUGAAAUUAAGCAAGUUUUAAUAUUAAUGUUAUAGUAAGUACGUUUGAAUAAAUAUCACGUUUUAAUUUUGAAUACAAAUCCCCCCUUAAAAAAGUUUUCUUAAAAUGGGUUCCAAAAGUGCGCUUUAAGCGUAAUAGCGUCCACCUACAAUUCUUUCCAGCAUUGUCACGGGGAAAGAAGCGGUGCUGCGGACUGGACGACGUAUGCCCAAUAAAUACUCAAGCACUACUCAAUUUUAAGAUGGCAUUAAGUCUCGUGCUGUCUCUAUCACUCUAAUUCAAAGUGACUGUGACACCACGAGACUUAAUAUCAUCUUAAAAUUGACUAGUGUUUGAAUAUUUCGCCACCAUUCUUUUGAAUACCUAUGUGCAGCUGCUGUAAUAUUGGGAGUUUUUGGUGGUGAAAAUAAUUUAACUGAUGAAGAAAUAGGUUUUAACUUGAUAAGUCCACGAACUUACCUGAAAGACCACAAUAUAUUUUUACACCUGCAAAUUAUAAUAAUGAUGGUUUAAACUUAUGACAUAUCGCAAGUGGAAAUGUAAUGAAAAUAAUGUAAAUAAAUUCAAUGAAUGUUUAAUUAAAAACGUUUGCUUUGAAUGAUACAUCAACUGUGUAAACGUUUAUCAGCACAUUUUAAAUGUAUUUCAUAUUUUUCAGGCAAAAGGAGUUUUUAUUGGAACUUUUUCGAAAACGACGAGUCCAAUAAUAUAGUAUGUAAAAUUUGCUCGUCUAAAAUGAAGCGCCAUAUAGUUAGACAUUUUAAAACGAGGCAUCGAGCUCUAUACUUAAAAAUUCAGCCUUUAAUACAGAAGAAAACACAACCUAAUACUGAUAAAAGGUCUACUGGUAGACCUAGACCUUGUUGGGUAAGAAAAUACUGCACCACAGUCGGCGAAAAUAAAAACCAAUGUAGUAUUUGCCAAAAAGUCUUAAAAAUGCCAAAAGGUCUGUACGGAAAUAUGAAACGACACAUUCGAUCUAAACACAGUAACAUAUAUGAAAUGGAAAUGCAGCAAUUACAUGGUCAAAGUGACGAUGACGGUAAAGAUGUAGAAAACGAAUCCACUACUGAAGAGGAGGAAGAGGUAUUAGAAGAAGAGAUAUUAGAACAAGAAGUAUUAGAACAAGACGAAGAAUUUCUAGAAGAACAUAUUGAAGGAGAAAUUGAAAUGAAUUCCAAGAAUGACACAGAAGGUGCUCAAAGUCCUAUCCCGGAAGAAACCGCAUAUCAAGAUGUUGACAAUCUAGAUACAGACUCCGAGACAAAUGACUUUGGAGAGAUUGGACAUUUGUCUAUAAGUGACCCUAAUUUAAAAAACAAAAUAAAAUGGCUGUCACAAAGAGUAGUACAAGGAAAAAGAAAAAUCAAGACAUGCGUAUGGAACUUUUUCAUUCCGGUUGUUGAGAAUCAACUAUACACGUGCAUAUUUUGCCACAGGGAUAUCUCUAUUUUCCCUCAGAAUAGUUCCAAUUUAAAACGCCACUUAGUCGUGAAACACACGGAACAGUUUAAUUUAAUAAAAAAAUAUGCGCCGGAAUACAACC